GUCUCAGAAUGCCGGAAAGUGUACGGAAGUAGCAUGCAUCCAUUGUGGGUGUGUAACAGGUGAUUUCAGGCAACCUAUAUCUGUGAUGAUCUACGCGUUGGUGCAGUUUACAGAAAAAAGCCUUAUUUCCGCCCUCAACUUCGAGGAUAAAAAAUGGAGAGGGACUCUACCGGCACUGCAGAAAAGAGCGACCCGGCUUCACCUGUGAGGAGGAAUAUUAAUGAAGACACCUGCGCAGCUAACCCGCACAGCUCCCGGGCAGAUACCUGUGGUGCUACUUACGUCGCCCGAGCCAGGUGGACUCUACUGAAACAGGUGUUGCGUCAGAAGCAGGUGGACAAUCCAGAGGUCAAACAGGUGUCUGUCCGCAGAUUUGCCACGUUUGACCUUUUCAGCAGGAAAAGGCUUGUGACACAAGACCCUAGUGAUACCUCAGAUGACCAGUGGGUGGAGUACAGAAGUGUCCACUUUCCUGAGUGCAGUGCCUUACUCAGGGAUAACCUGGGGCCUCUUAGAGUUAAUGAAGUGCUCAACAGUUUUGACAACACCGGUAAUGUCUGUGUGUGGCCAUCUGAAGAGGUGAUGGCUCAUUACUGUCUGCAGAAGCGUCACGUAUUCAAGGGUGCUGUGUGUGAGUUAGGAGGAGGUAUGACUUGUCUUGCUGGGCUUAUGGUUGCCAUUUGUGCUGACGUGAAGGAAGUUCUGCUAUCAGAUGGGAACGAGAAGUCCAUUCAGAAUGUACGAGGGCUUAUUGAGAGAAACAGGCAAGCUGGAAAGUUUGGGUCAACGCAUGUAUCUACCAGGGUGGUGAGGUGGGACUGUGAGUCGGACAUUUCAGCACUAGAGGGUCACUUUGACAUUGUCAUGUGUGCAGACUGUUUGUUUCUCGACCAGUACAGAGCCAGCCUGGUUGAUGCUAUAAGGAGAUUACUGCACCCCAACGGCAUGGCGUUGGUGUUUGCCCCGCUGCGAGGUGAAACUCUGGGACUGUUUUGUCAACUGGCCCAGCAGGCCGGACUCCGCGUCUCUCAACACCAGCAGUAUGAUGCUCAGGUCUGGGAUGUACACUUAAAGAUGGUGAGAGAGGGAAAGGAAGCAUACGAUGAGAACAUCCACUAUCCUCUCCUCAUCACAUUGACCAAAGGACCUGAACCUGUCAGCCUCACCCAGUAAACCAAAAACAAGUGAGCCCUCAGCUCUACACAGAACCACUCCAUGUGCUUUAGGAUGUUUAAGAUGGAAUGAUGCCUACCCAGAUUUUUGCCAGCCAAUGUGAUCCACAAGUGAUCUGAGGGAAGAGGAAGAAUUGCACCAGAAUUAGCAGUAUUACAAUACAGUCAGGUCAGCUUUGUCUGAAGGUUUUUUUUUUUAGAAAAUCAGGUUGUGGUCAUUGAUACUGGCCUCUGAGAGGAUUUAUUAUCAGAUGGUGCAGAGCUAUGGACAGUAUUUGAGUGUGCGUGUUUUGUAGUUUGAAGUGUGAACUUUUACUGUAGCUGUGGACAAAGAAAAGGAGAGGCGGAUAUAUAUAUAUUUUGACCUAGUAUGUUUUAACCAUCUGCCAUUUGCCAAAUAGUUACAGUCAGUUUCCCAGUCAUCCCUUUAAUCAGUUUGCCUUGUCAUCUCAUCGGUUAAUCAGCCAUCCAGCACUGCCAAACAGUCAUCCUUUCAGUUAAAAAGUCCUCUGGUCAGCCAGCCAGGUAAUCAGUUAGUACACUGUCAGCUAUUAAACUACCUAACAUGGCAGUUAACUAUCCAGUUAUCAGUUAUCAUUCCAACCAACAAGCCAAUCAAUCAUUUAGUCAGUUACCUGGUUGUUCAGUCAGUCAGUCAGUUGCACAGACAUUUACUCAGGCAUUACUACUGUAAGUGUCAGUUAUUCAAUCAGUUGGCCCUCUUUAACUAGUCAGUAUUAACCUAUGCCACUGUGUUUCUGGCCCCAGCAUGGAAGCCAGCUCUAAUUCAUUAACUAUCAUAGACUGUAGAGCCAGCUGACAGUUUCUUCCAUGUUUCCUUUAUUUCUCUUUGUUCCUUUCUUCCCCCGCUUACAUUCUUCUAUUACAAUUCACACAUCCCAGUCAGAGGUCAGUAUUAAGAACUUCUUUUGUGCAUUACUUACAACAGUGCAUUAACAUAUUAAGGCAAGUUCAGCAGAAGGGGCAAUUGUUGCUGCCCAGGUGCCUACUGCUUACAUAGUACACAGCAACAUCGCCAUGGAUACAAGUAGUCCACAGUACAUCACAGUUUCAUUUUACACAGCUCUGUUGGUGUUAUAUUCUGUGUUUGAACCGCACAACAGACACUUGCCCUGCCUAUACAAUUCCACCAACAUCGUUUCCAACUCCUGCUCUACUGUUGUGUCUGCUGUCAUGACUCCUGCAGCUUGCAUUGGCAAGAAUACACGCACAUAACUUGUAAUGGCAGCCUGUUCAUCACAUAUGUGAUGACAAGUGACCCUAAUACUGUGGAAUAGGUUUUUUAAAAUUCUUUGAUCCUUUGGGGGGUUCUUUUUUAUGCAGACCUUUAAAUGGUCUCUGAUCCUCAAUGUCCUCUUGAUGCGGCAGCAUCACGUUCCAGUGGCUGUUGGAGACAAUCUGCUGUCUUUCUCGUUGGUGUGUUGAAUACAGUGUCCACCGGUUCCAUGACCGCAGUGACUCGUGGGCAAGUCUUGUCUCAGCGCUGCUAUCUCUACGUACAGGAUCUAUUUUUGCCAGAGCUGCUUAGGUCCUUGACGUGUGACCUUAACUUUGGAAUGUAUAUAAAUGCCUCUACAGUAUUUGUCUAUAUUUACAACGGACAUGUCUGAAGCAGGAGAAGGUGUGUGGCGUACAGUAAUUAAAACUAAUAAAUAACAGCAAAGUAUCAGUUACCACAUAGAUCAGAAAUGAGCUGCAAAUGUGUUUCCAAUAUGUUUGUAAAGAAAAGACUGACUCUGCUUUUAAAACGCUUCUACACAACAAAGCCGCAUCCAGAGGACAUCCAGGGUUGAAAUAUGAUUUCCAAUUCAUAAACUACGUGCAUCCAUAGUUCUUAAAAAGUCCCAGAAUCUCGUAACAGCCUCUGGAGCAAAAAACUUCAUACUAUUUCAGACCAAUUUUACUGUUGCAUUUGUUCUUUUUUUAUCAGCAUAAUUAACUAUUUUACUCAGGUGUAUUCUCAUCCAUUCAGCUGUUUCCUGUUUCUUGCGGUUUUUAAAAAAAACAUCAAGAAUCAGUGGGUCACUCAAGCCUAAAUUUGUACCUAUCACUAGUAAGGUGUGUCCAUAUUUCACUGUGAUCCAUUGCUGUAUACAACAGCUAAGAAGCUAUGCAGUAUAGUAUCUCCCAGUGGCUGCGGUUUAUAUUUCUCAUGUUAAAAAGAAAAAAAUUCAGAAAGAAAAAAAGAGGUAUUAUAAGUUAAGCCAGUUUUAUCAGUGGUCUCGAUGCUUUGAAGACUGAAAUUGCAUUGCAAAAACUUAGAAGAACAUUUAAUUACAUUUUUAUCUGUAAUGUAGUUUGCUCUAUAUCUUUGAUAUCUGUGGACUGACACAUAAAUACCAUCCCAACUGUGACUGUGUACGGUGAUUUCAUCACUGUCUAGUGUGACAUCACCACUGCUAACAGUGAUGUCACUGCGUUGCUGCUUCUUGCGACAUCACUGCCUUGAUUAGUUUAAACAUUUUUACCUCGUGCACCCACGAUUUGCUGUGAUGUCACAUUUUAACAUGGUGAUGUCGCCACUUCUUGUUGUGAUAUUAGUGCUGAAUGCUGUGACACUAACUAUUUCUCACUGUGACAUCAACAGACAGUCAAGGAACCACUGGCAUGUAUUUAUGCCUCCUUAAUAUCAUCAAUAGUGAGAUAUCCAACUGUCGGCAUAGAUAAGAGACAACAGAUGAGGCUCUGUGUUGCAGCUAAGAAUUACUGUGGACAAACAUCGUACAUUACAACAGAUUUAUGUCACUCUAUUGGGGAUGUCUCAGCUAGGCUGUUAUUUUGAUUAUCAAUCAGAACUCAUAGAAUUGUUAAACAAUUGCAGGCCAUGUCCACAUGAAUCCAGAUAAAUUUCAAAUAAACUGGUUCUUGGAUUUUUUGUUUGUUUUUGCCUCCUUUACACACUUUUUCCCAACCAUCAAAAAAGGAACUUAAAGAAAAUUCUCCAAUUUCACUGUGUUAACACACCACAGAUUUAAAAAGAAAUUAAAAAAUGUUGAUGUAUAAUUAUGUGAGCUGCUGGCCAACGUUUUAUGCAUGGCUGAUAGCAAAGCUUUAAGCAAUUUUUAGAUUAUCUUAGGUCUUCAAUGUGCAUGGCAGACCAGAAAAUUUCAAUUAUCUACAUAAAACUUAAAUUAAAUAUUUGAAUUUAUCCUUUUUAGUGUGGACAUGGCCUCUUAUUCUCUGUUCUCUGUUCUAUAUAUCAAUUUCCCCUCUGGUUCACUGUAAUCGAUGGGUUGAAUGUUGUACUAUGGGUGGGUUAUUUUUGUGAAUGAAUAAAAUUAAAUACAUUUACUUCAAGACA